AUGGACCAUUUGCUAGUCUUGUUGUUUUCUUUUGUUGUUGUUGGCUGAUAAAUCAUUGUGCAUUUUCUGAUGGGUGUUUGUUUACUCAGAAAAAAAGGGGGCUUUCGUUAUUCACUCAAAUAAUAUUUCUCAUGGUGUCUAACUGAACCUGUUUGCUUGACUUCAUCAAUAGGUAAGCAUUUUGCAAGUGUCCAAUACUUGAAUUGUGAAGCAAAUAACCAUUUGAAAUCAUCAGCAUCUUCAUUUCCUCAGAUUUUUCAUGAUAUUUAUUGGUUCUAGUUUCUGGUGCAGCUCACUUGGCUAUUUUUAGGGUUUGUUUCUUUCCUUCCUUCUCACUCUCUUUGGUCUGACGUAUCUUAUUCACACAAUUCCAGUCUACCAAUUUGCUGGUUGUCAGUGAACCCCCCCUUAUUGGAAAUAAUGCAGAUCCAGUUUUCAAGAGCCAUUCUAGAGAAUUCCUUGGUUGUGGAGAUGGGUAUUUUAGCUUAGAUAUUGAUUUUGGAGUGUUUGCUAGAUUCCUUUUCUUCUUCAUCUUCUUCUUCUUGCUGUGGGUGAAACACUUGAUAGGGGAAUCAAACAAGGCUAGAUGAAAGCUGAAGAAACUGGGGAUAGCUCUGCUUGGAGUAGAGAGCAGGACAGGGCAUUUGAGAAUGCCCUAGCAACUUAUCCUGAGGAUUCUGCAGAUUGGUGGGAGAAGAUUGCAGCAGAUGUUCCAGGGAAAUCCUUAGAAGAGAUUAAACAUCAUUAUGAGCUGUUAGUUGAUGACAUUAAUAACAUUGAGUCUGGCUGCGUGCCUCUACCUUGCUAUAAUUCCUCUUCAGACGGUUCUACGAGCCACGCAGGUGAUGAAGGAACUGGUAAAAAGGGUGGCCAUUUUGGGAAUUUUAAUGGCGAUUCUAAUCAUGGAGGUAAGGCUUCAAGAUCAGAUCAGGAGCGCCGCAAGGGAAUUGCUUGGACAGAGGAGGAGCACAGGUGA